AUGGCCGGUUCCUCAUCUGAACCCUCUGAAUCUCCCACGGACACUUCAAAGGUGUCACCAGCACCCGGCGCAAGGUCCUCGUCUGCCACCUUUGUCAAACCAUCGAAUCCGCCAAAGCGGUCACCCAGCCAGGGGAGGUCUUCAAAUGAUCCUUCACCUAGACCUGGGAAGCGGCCCCGGCCGAAUCCACCUCCCAUGACUGCAGCAGCAGCUCUACAGGACAAGCGCCGAGCGGAGAAAUCACAGAUUCCUUCCACAAAGACUAGUCCUAACCCAGCCAAGGAGGCCCUGAGUGUCUUGAUGGGAAUCGAUAAUGGAGCGACAAGUGCUGUUCAGGACACGCCACUCGAGCCUGCUAAAACCAUAAGUGAACCCCUCAACAUGGUGGCUCAACACAUCCAAGAGAAGCCAAACGACACACAUUCGGAUAGUCCUGCACAAACCAGUCCCGUAAGUCUAUCAAGCAUUGGCACUCUCGAGAGCAAUGUUGCCUUGUCCGGUCUGGAGACGGCAACUGUAGACAGUCCGCGGUCCAUCGAUGCUGCAAGCCAAGAGGCCGAGGCAUCACCAGAGAAGGCCUCUCAACGCCCGUCCUCUGCUGACGAGGGUCCAAAGUCUUUCUCUUACCCUGGACCCAUGCUGCAGGCUCAAGUGCACUCUAAUCGGGGCAUGAGCUUGCCGGGCUCAGAGUCACGGAAUUCAGAGCGAACCUCGUCUAACAAAAAGCAUCGUUGUCCUUAUUGUGCGACCGAGUUUACACGACACCAUAACCUCAAAAGUCACCUUUUAACCCAUAGCCAAGAAAAGCCUUACAUCUGUCAGACCUGUCAAUCCUGCUUCCGUCGCUUGCAUGAUCUCAAGCGCCACACCAAACUUCACACUGGUGAAAGGCCUCACAUCUGCCCGAAAUGUGGUCGUAAAUUUGCCCGUGGAGAUGCUUUGGCCCGGCACAACAAAGGUCCCGGCGGCUGUGCUGGUCGUAGGGGCAGCACAGGUAGUUUUGGCGGCGACGAUGACUAUGAGGGCGGAAACGAAGAGUCCAUGGAAGGCCUCUAUGGUGAGCCUGAAGCUAUGGAAGAGGAGGAAGCCUCAGGAGGAAGACAGAGUGUGCCAAGUAUCCGCCGCCAAGGUCCAGCAAUGAAUGUGAGAGGACAAGCGGCGGAACAGGGGAGUUUUCAACCCCGGCAGCCAAGCACCUAUCCACCAAUUCAAGGUCGCCCUCCUGGCGGUAUUGCCGCUGCAUUAUUUCCUCCUCCUCCUCCCAGCGGACCGAGUGGCUCGGGGUCUUCCGCGUCGAAGCUGUCUCAAGGCGGUACACAUAGCUACCCACCUGCACCCGGCAGCUCUUCGAAUUUGCACCCUGCUGGUUCAGGCGGUUCUAUCUUUCCUCCAGGCUCUAUGACAGAAAGUCCAAAACCACUAUCACCUGGUGCUCCGCAUGGCACCCAUACCGAAGGAGGCCUGUAUCGUAACAGGUCUCCCAGCAUGACUUCACAAUUCCAACAGCAAUCCUAUGGCCGAGGUUCCAGCCGAAGAAGCCCACCGCCUGCCUCGAUGGCUGCUCCCUUGUCUACCACAAGUCAACUGCCACCACCCCACCCCUCUGGGCUCAAUCCUCCAGAUGCGCGUUAUACUCUGCCGAGUCAAGGACCGGCCCAUCCGCCUACUGGCCCAACCGGGCCACCUACCCACAUGAGUGGAGGAGGUUUGUCCUCGCAGAGCAAUAGUCUGUCCAGCCAUGGACAAUCUGCAAGGGGCAGCGGGGAGAACUCGGCCGCCAUCUUUAGCCCACGAGAGGACAGGCUAUGGGCCUAUGUGAAGAGUCUUGAGGACCGAGUUAAUGGUCUGCAGAGUGAGGUUGCGUCACUCAAGGACCAGCUGGCCGCUGCGAGUCAGCCCAACUCUCGUUGA